AUGCCAUGUGAAGGCUGCAUGGAGAGGGACAAUGAGAGCACUGAUGCAACCAUGGAGUUCCUCCUUCUUGGCUUCUCUGAGCUGUUCUGUCUGCGGGUCUUCCUCUUUCUUAUCUUUCUCAUCAUCCAUUUGGUCACACUGGCCGGGAAUACGAUGAUCUUCAUUGCUGUGUUUAUGGAGCACUCUCGUCCUCCCAUGCUUUUCUUCCUCUGCCAGCUCUCUAUCAUUGAGCUUUGCUACACCUUAGUCAUUGUCCCUAAGGCACUCCUUGGCCUGAUGGUUAUGAAUGGCAUCACCAUUUCCUUCACAGGCUGUGCUGCCCAGAUGUACCUUUUUGUGGGACUCGGUGGAGCUGAGUGCUUUCUCCUGGCAGCCAUGUCGUAUGACCGCUACAUUGCCAUCUGCCAGCCCCUACACUAUGCAGUGGUGAUGAGCGAGGGACUCUGUCUUAGGCUGUGCAUAGCAUGCUGUCUGGGAGGCUUUGCUGUUGCCCUGGGGUUGACAGUGUCUGUUUUCCACUUACCUUUCUGUCAGUCACAUCACAUCAACCACUUCUUCUGUGACAUCCCCGCAGUGCUGCACCUGGCCUGCACACACAGCUACACCCCCGAGCUUCCCCUGCUGGCGGCCUGCGUGCUCCUCCUGCUACUUCCCUUAGUCCUGAUCCUGACCUCUUACGUGUGUAUUGCUGCUGUUUUGCUACGUAUCACUUCCUCCCUCAGAAGGGGCAAGGCCUUUUCCACCUGCUUUUCACACUUGGCCAUCACCUUGCUACACUAUGGAUGUGCCUCCUUCAUGUACAUUCGUCCUAAGUCCAGUUACUCACCAGCUCGAGACAAGAUGGUUUCUCUAGUCUACACCAAUAUUACUCCAUUACUAUACCCCCUUAUUUAUAGCUUGAGGAACAAGGAAAUCAGAGGAGUCCUAAGGAAAAUGUUGAGGAGGAAGAGAAUAGCUCAGCAGAACUGGGGUACUAUCAGAGCUGUUACAGAUGUGAACUAAAUUGUAGGAGAAGAAAUGUUUUCGUUGGAAAUGCAGCCCUUCUAACUUGGCUAGGACAAGAGUCUCUAUAGACUACACUACGGUAAAUAUCCAGGCAGAAUACAACAUGCACUGAUGUAUUUUUGACAAAAUGACAUCUCAGCCUACAAAGAAAAAGAAAGUAGGAAAAGGAACAACAAAAAAAAAGCCUCUAACAUAACACUACUUAAAGGGAAAAGUUGUAUCAAUUUGUGAGUAAGAAGAACUUUGAUCAGUUUAUGGUAUCACUUCUGUGAUCAUAUAUAUACCCAUACUUACAUUUACAGUUAUCUCAGCAUGCUCAAAAGAUCAACACAAAAUUAUUUAGUGCUGCUGACUUGUUUUCGUUAUUUUUCUAUCAAGAAGUAAGUAGAUACUGGAAACUGAAAGGCAAUAAAUAUUUUUAGUCUGGUAAGUUUUCCAGCACAAAAAACAUGAAGGGCAUUAUUAGAAGGUUACAAAAAGAAAUACUGUGUUUUGAAAGAAGUGGAAAUUAAGCUAUGAUUUUCUCCAAAUUUAGCAUAAGGUUGCACUUCUAACAUUCCAUCACAAGUGAAAAGAUCAUCAGUGUAAACUCAUCUUACUUCGAAUUAUCCUAGGUAAUGAAAAUGAAAAUGCCACUGAUUUGACAGGAGAAUGACUUUCCUAUGAGUCUUUUACAGGAGAAACAUUUCCUUUUAUAGGGAGAUGCUUUAGAUUUAGACUGUUCCUAUGGCAACACUCAGAUACAGGUCUUAUCAUGUAGUUUUUAUCAGGAAAGACUGCAUCAUGUAAAUAAGAAUGCCCGAGGAGUGUUAAAAUCCAUCAGCAUAAAUCUUACAUAAAUCUAACAAUACUGCUGCUGCAACUACUGUUGUUGCUAUGCCAAAACCAGUGAGAAUUCUAGCAUAUGCUGCAAUGCAGCAGACAUAAGAAUCUGAAAUGUGCACAGCAGUGUUAUUUCGUGUGUUUAGAAUCAGAGAACCAUCAAGGUUGGAAUAGACCUCUAAGAUCACCUGGUACAACCAUCCACCUACACCAAUAUUUUCCCAAUAAACCAUAUCCCUUAUUAUAAUAUCUGAACAUUACUUGAACACCUCUAGAGACAAUGACUUCACCACCUCCCUGCACAGCCCAUCCCAGCACCUGACCACUCUUUCAGAGAAGAAACUUCUCCUAAUAUCCAAUCUACAUGUAAGCAGAACAGGAUAAUUUAGACAAAUGUGAAAAUAUCAGGAAGAGUGGUGAAAAAGCAACUUCAGUAUUUUAUUUAUUACUUUACUGCCCCAUGGCUCUUCAAAGCACCAAAUGGACCUUGUGACUCAGAUCUUAUAUAUGAAAUUAUUGAGAGAAAAAAAAAAAAGACUUGUUUUUACUUCUCUGUCUAAUUCAAAGGUAAUUCAGCACCCACCUGCCUUCUGAUCUCUCCCCUAGAAGACUGGGAGAGCAGAGUGAUAUUUGCUUUUUCCGGGCUACAAUCAUUAAAAAUUAUUGUAAGUGGAUUUGACCAGCCCUGUACUGGCUGUACUGGCCCUGUAACUGAAUAACUUGACUUAGACUCCUCUGACAAAAGAGAAAUAUGAAAUGUAAAACUCACAUUAAAAGCUAUCCUCAAGUUGACAGUCUGGUCAGGCUAAAAUAUUAACAUAAAAUAUUGGCUCUGAUGUCAAUGAAUAUCCAGUUAUUGCCGUGAGCAAAAAUUUAGCAGCAUUGUUUUAAAUGAUCAGUAUUGUAGUGAACAUUUUAAAUCAUCGGCCAGGAAUUCCAGAGGCCAGGACUUCUCAAUAAAAGCACAUUACUUACUAAUAGAGAAACGCUUUAGAACUAUGUUAGAGAAGUUCUUUGCAUCAAAUACUAUUUAGGGAUUUAAAGAUGGUAAAUAACUGUAAGAAGCAUGGGACAGAACUGAUGCCUCAAAUGCAAAAUCUCUCAAGUCAAAUCAGGCUUUGAAGUUUAUCCUGCUGUAAGCAGUGGGCUGGGCUAGAGAUCUCCAGAGGUCCCUUCUGAAGUUAGUAAAAGUAGAGAUUUCUACCCUGUCUUUUAGAAGGUACUGACAUGCUUAUAUACAUGGCAAGAAAAAAAAGGAGCAGAAAGACAAUGUGGUUUAAAUAGAACUUUGGUAGAGGCCCUCGCAUCUUUAUGGCUGUUGUAAGGUUGGGAUAACAAGAGACGUAAGUAUUGUCUUAGAGAUUAGCAGGACUCUGCCCUAGAGAUGUUUCUCAUGGAUAGAUAUCGGUCAAGGGCACUUCAGUAGAUCUGUCCUUGCCGCGGAUAGCGUCCUAAUCAGAUUGUUCUCAAGCGGGGA